AUGAGCGUGAAGCAUUUAGCAAGGAACACUCCAACUGAUUUCUUUUCACCAACUUGCAGUAAAAAGUUCAAGAACAGAAACAACAAUAACAAUCCCUCUCCUUUCCACACGACAUCGAUCGUUUCUUAUGCAAUGAUGCCGAAAGAAUCUGUCAAUAAUCAGUUAGAUCUUUAUAGAAGCGACAAAAAGACCAUCGCUGCUGAAAGCCUUGAUACCCUUAUUGCAGACUUGGAGAGUCUUUUACUAGAUAGCAGUAAAGCUAAACCGAAGAAUAUAUCACCAGAAUCAGAUUUCAAACGUAAGUUUUUAGAGGAUCGUAUCAAACACAGAAAAAAGAUCGACGAGAUUAUACAUGAAUCAACUACAACGUAUAAAGAUGGCUUUCAGCAAAAGUUAAAGAAAUUGUUGGAGAAGCCCAAAGUACCAGCAGUUAUACCUCUUACAGAAGAAGAAAACCUAAUUGUAGAUAAGCUAUUUAAAGGAGGUCAGUCUGGUAUAAUAGCAGAAAUGAGGACGGCCAGAGUGACAUUCAAAGACAUCUACAAACUAUAUCCUGAAACUUGGCUCAAUGACGAGAUCAUCAAUUUCUACUUUGAACUAUUGGCAGAUAGAUCAGGCAAAACCGAUAAUAUACCCGCGAUUCAUUGCUUCAAUACAUUCUUCUAUUCGACAUUAAGGGAUUCUGGAUACCAAAAAGUGAGAAGAUGGACUAAAAGAGUUGAUGUGUUUGCUAAAGACUUGCUAUUUGUUCCAAUUAAUCAAUCUUAUCAUUGGAUUUUGGGUGUUAUGGAUAUGAAACGUAAAGUUGUAUCUGUCUAUGAUAGUUUAGGCGGCACGCAUAAUCAUAUAUUGGAUACUUUCCUCAGCUAUUUACAAGAAGAACACAUAGAUAAAAAGAAGACAGAAUUGGAUAUCACAGAGUGGAGAAAAGAAAUGCCUACAAAUAUACCACAACAAGGAAAUAUGUCAGAUUGUGGUGCAUUUACUUGUACGUUUGCCGAAAGACUAUCAAGACAAAUGCCUUUUGAUUUUUCACAGAAGGAUAUGACGACCAUACGACGACGAAUAGCCUUGAACAUUGCCAAGAAAGCCAUAUUUUGA